GGGUGGCGGAGCGGGAGGUUCCCCUCGGGUCGUCAUGCCGCUGCGGUUGCUCCUGCUGCUCUUGGCGCUCUGCGCCGCCGCCCGGGUCCAGGCUGAAGAGCAGAAGACAGGGCAACCGGAGUCCAGCAAAACUUCAGCAGGCGCUGGGGGAUCCUCCCAGCCUGAAGCACAUAAUGGCCAGGAAACCCAAGGGGAUCAGCAGCUGGAUACAUCCAAACAGAAAGACAAGCGCAGCUCUGAAUCGAAUCUACCCAAAUCGAACACAAGUGAGAGAGAGAUGGUGGAGAAGGACCGGAAGGGCACAGACACAUCUGGUCACAGCAGCAGCGUGGGGAACCAGCCCGGUGGCCAGGGUGGCAGUGGGCAAGGCAACAGUCAGACUGGUGAUGGGAAUGACAGCAGCCCCAGUAACCAGGGCAACGGCAAUGGCGGUGCGCAGGACAGUGGAAACACUGGUAAGGAGGACAGUGAGAAGGACAGCAGUGACUCCGGUAAGCAGACCAACGAGAACCCCAGUAACCCGAGCAGCAGCGACCAGAGCCAGGGCAACAAGUCAGGCAGCAGCAACACAAACCAGGGUGGCAACGCCAAGAACCAGGACAGCAAGGGCGAGAACCAGGGUGAGAACCAGGGCAGUAAUGGCGAUAACCGGGAUGGCAACAGCCAGGACAAGGGUGAUAACAGCGUCAGGGGCAACGACCAGGUCAGCACCACCAACAACGAGGGCCAGGGCAGCAACCAGGGCGGUGACAAUGCAAACCAGGGCAGCAACAACCAGGACAACAAGGUCAAGAACCAGGGCAGCAACAAUGCAAACCAGGGCAGCAACAAUGCAAACCAGGGCAGCAACAGUCAGGAAAACAAGGGUGAGAACCAGGGCAGCAACAACCAGGGCAGCAACACCGAGCACCAGGGCAGCAACAGUCAGGAAAACAAGGGUGAGAACCAGGGCAGCAACAACCAGGGCAGCAACAACCAGGGCAGCAACACCGAGCACCAGGGCAGCAACAACCAGGGCAGCAACACCGAGAACCAAGACAGCAACAAUGCAAACCAGGGCAGCAACAGCCAGAGCAGCAACACCGAGAACCAGGACAAAAAGGUUGAGAACCAGGGCAGCAACACUGAGAACCAAGACAGCAACAACACAAACCAGGACAGCAACAACCAGGACAACAAGGCUGAGAACCAGGACAACAAGGCUGAGAACCAAGACAGCAACAACACAAACCAGGACAGAAAUAACCAGGACAGCAACAACCAGGACAGCAACAACCAGGACAACAAGGCUGAGAACCAGGGCAGCAACACCGAGAACCAGGACAGCAACACCAGUGACCAAGCCAAGAACCAGGAUAAUCAAAUGGACUCACCAAGAGAUAAAAAUGCAUCGCCACAAUCGGCCUCCUCUGCUGGUGAAGGUGAUGGCUUUUUAGACGAUGAAGAAGGCCCUGAAGAGGGAGAGGAUGAUGUUAAAGAAGGUGGCGAUGCCUUCUCCUUUAAUAAGGAGAGAGAGAAGAGCGUUCCUUCUCUCCCCAGGGACCAGUCGGAAAGCAGCCACUUCUUCGCCUAUCUGGUUACCACGGCUAUUAUCGUUGCUGCCUUAUACGUUGCGUAUCACAACAAGCGCAAGAUCAUUGCUUUUGCUCUGGAAGGAAAAAGAUCAAAAAGCGGUCGACGGCCCAAAUCUGGCGAUUAUCAGAGACUGGAUCAAAAGAUCUAGAUUCCUCCUCGGAUAUUCGGUGGAAUAAUGAUGGCUGGCGAUGAAAAUGCGGGCUCACGGGGACGCCCACCGACUCCCCUGCUGUGGUGCCCCGAGUUGCAGCCGCGCUGCCGUGUUCAGAUUUCAGACAACAGGAAGAAGGGGAAAUGCUUUUCGUUUUGCACCUGCACCUUGGUAACGUGAAACCUCUCACUUCCUCGAAACGCCUUUCUCCUUUCCCGGCUGCCUGAAGAUUAACUCAUUUUCCACUCGGGCGUCUGGCUUCUGGCCCGCGACCCAGGAAAAGCCGGUCCCCAGCACUUGACAGAACUUUUGUGUCCAAAUUAAAUGGAAUUUGCCGUCUACUGUACUGACGUCUCCUCUUGGGGAAAAAAAAAAAAACCAAAA